AUGCGUUUCACAGAAAUUCUCGCGAUCGCCACUCUUGGCCUGGCAGGCUCCAGCUCUGCCUUCUACCCCUCUAGAUACGGAGAUCUUGAAACCCGCGACGAGCAUCAACUACGGGUUGCCUACCAGCGCAACUUAGAUAGGCUUGAGACCCGCCAACCAGCGCGCCUGAAAAUUGGCAUCCUGGCUUCAAAGAAAUUGGAGAAGCUGAGAGAGUCUGCGAAGAAGAAGACGAAUAAGCCUAAGAAGUCCAAAUCCAAGUCCAAGAAGCCAAAGAAGAAUGCAAAGAAGAUCAAAUUCAAGAAACCUGCUGGUCUCAAGACUGGUAAAGGAGGUGGAGAUGGCACGAGUACUGCCUAUGGAAACGGCGACGGGAUCCCCAGCACUGCCUACAACCGUAGGUCGAUCGAGCUUGAGGCCCGUCAACCAAUGCCUCUCAAGAUUGGUAUCAUGGACAAAGAGAAAUUGGAGAAGAUGAAAAAGGCAAUAAAGAAGCCAAAGAAAACAACCAAUUCAAAGAAGGCAAACAGCUCAAAGAAGGCGAAGAAAUCAAAGAAAAAGAUAACCAUCAAGAAGAAUGCUGGUACCAGGACUGGCAAGGAAGGAAGUUUCAAUGAGGGACCCUCCACUGCCUACCAAAAUGUUAGUAGUUGA